AUGGUAUUUACUGUAGAGGGUACACCAUCCUGGGCCCAGGCUUGCUCGAAGGGGCAGGUCGCUACCGAGCCAAACGAGAGGAAACCGACGACUUGCAUUUGCAAUCUAUUGCCUCUCUCCACCAUUGCAAACGACGGCUUUUGGCCCGCUGCGGCUGGCUGGCUGCACGGAAAUCAUCACGUGCAGGUGCAGGUGGAGCACUGUGCAGAUGCAGGCAGCGUCUUGUUCUUCAAGAGACAACAAUGGAAAUGGAAAUGGAAAUGGAAAUGGAAAUGGGUCGACUGUUCUGUCCCAGCUCGCCGGAAAUGGUCGGGCUGGGGCGGGGGGCAGAGAACAGAGAUGUGGGCGAACGACGCACUGAUGAAGGGGGGGGGCUUGCCAAUGGCCACCAAGCCAGACGUGUGCAAGGACUUGCGAGGCCGUCCACUCAGCCAACGCCCACACACUCGGCUCGGUUGUUGCGCUCUCGGUACGCCCUUUCUCGUCCACCUAUUUGUUCACUCCAUCUACUCCAUCGAAGAGACUGUAGUACGCCAGGGCACAGGGCACGGAGAGGCGCCGAAGAAUGGAAAGGCUCAGCCACUUCGCCAGACUAUUGGCUCCCUACAGUCCACACCACACGGCAGUCUGACCUUUUGGCAAAGUGUCCAAAGAAGCACGCACCUCUUUUGCCAGAUGGAUUAUCGCAAGCUUGAGUGUAAUGGGAAAAUGUGCUGCGUAGUACACACUCUACCUAGACACUGUCGGCCGACGAAGCGGUUCCCAGCGCGCAAGCCACAAAAUGAGUGUCAGCCCGCGCCUUGGUCGCGACCUGCGUGGGCAUACCUGACGGGAGAGCACUUGCUUGGAACGCCAUCUCUCUCCCCCAGCCUGGCUUUCUCUUUGCAGCCAACGACUUCUCCCGAUGCGCAACGACCAGAUCCCGCAGUCGUACCUAGCGCAGUAGUAGUCGGCUCGCAACUGCCCCACCGUCGCAGAAAACUGCCCGUCGCAAGAAUCCGCCCUCUUCUACAACCUCCCUUCCCACCCUGCACAGGGUCCCGAGAAGACAUGGACAGCACGUCGCAGCCUUGGGCGGGCGGCGCAGAGCCGUUUGCCAUGGACACGACGAAUGACGACUUUGCCAACUUGAUUGACUUUGAUCUGGACAGCCUCGGCGACUUCACCUACACCCAUGGCGAAUACAGUCAAGCCGGGCCCGCUCCUCUCCCCGACCUGGUCGACUCCUCCUCCUCCCUCGACCUCAACCUGCAUGCCCAAUUCACCACGCAACUUGCCCAUGACCACCACAACAAUGACAUUGCCUCUUCCAACAAUGGCUUCUUCGACUAUGGCAUGGGCCAGUACAGCCAGGCAGGCACCCCGUCAUUCCCCCACGCGCAAGAGCUCAUGUACCACCCCCACCAUGGCGUCCCACCCACGCCCAACAGCGUCGAGAUGCACGGUGACCCGCACCGCUACAUGCAGCAGCAUAUGGACACCCAGCACAACCUGUCCGACCAGCGAUAUCAUAGGAGGAAGGAUGACGCAUCUUUUACCCCACUUGUCUCGCCAGCAGUCACGCCCCACGAUGCGCGCUUCCAGAUCCCCGACUUUCCCAUGACCUCGGCCUACUUCAGCCCCCUCACAUCACCCGCACUCAAUGCACAGAUCAGCCAGCAGGCACUGCAGCAGACGCAGCAGACGCCCUCGGUUAGCUCGACGGGACAUUCGCCCAUCGACAUCGACAUGGACAUGCUGGGCGAGCCGGCCAUGGUCUCGCAAGAGCCGGCCAGGAAGCUGAGGAGUACCAACAAGCGGACCACACCUCGCAGCGCCAAUGCCAACGGUCGCGUGCGACAAUCACCCAUUGUGAAACCGAACAGACGGAAAGCAACAGUGUCGUCGUUGAUUCCACCCAAGGAAGUCACAGAACUCAUGCAGGAGGCGCGAUCAAUACGGCCGGCCGCUGGUGGGACCCGUGACCACUCCGAGACCGAUUCUAUUUCUCCAGAGCCAAUGCUAUCAGAGAUGCGGCCACCCCCCAAGCCGAGCUCCUUGACAGCUUCUCCUGCAAUGGUGGCUAUGCAAAGCGGUCCAAGCACCGCACCCGCUACACCGGCUUCCUUGAUGCGCAUCCAACCCUCUCCAAACUUUGGCGGUUCAACGGAGGCGCCUCCCCCACUCGAAGAUCUUCAGCUUCCGGAACCUUCGUUGGAUCGCCCAGGGCUGUCGAGAUUAGACACGGCAAUUCGUGACCUGGACGCAGACAUGCCGCGCGUGACUUCACGGAAAACACCCAAGUUGAAUCCCCUAAGCACGCCCGGAGGAGGAACCAUGUCUGGCAGGCCAAGCCCCAUGCUAGACGCCAUGUCCACACCCACAAGUCCAGCCUACUCUACGACGAACGGAAAGAAGGAAACGAAGGCUGCACGUAAUGCAAAGAAGCGCAACAGUGUCAGCACCAAUCUGGUCAGCCCUGCCCUACGGCCCAAAAUCUCGCCAGUGAUAAAGCCCCUGCUCCCCGAGGGAGCGAAUGGCAGCAGGACCGACAACACACACGCACUGUUACUGGCCUCAAAGUCGAACUAUCAGAACAUUCUGGACGGCACCACGGUUCCCGGCGUCGUGUACCCUACUUCCCUUUCGACCAACCUUACCUCAAAACGGACUUCCCACAAGAUUGCCGAACAGGGUCGUAGGAACCGAAUCAACAUGGCGUUGCAAGAAAUGCAAGCCCUUCUUCCCUCUCCGCUGCUCGCACCCACACCGGACGCCAAGAGUCCCGAAUCAGCCGCCCAGCAGUCGAACAAUUCAAAGGCUGCCAAAGUGGAGAGUGCGAUUGACUAUAUCAAGCAGCUCAAGCAAGAAGUGUCUGAGCGGGAUGAGUUGCUCAGCAAAAAGGACAAGGAGAUGGAUGAUUUGAGGAAACAAUUAGCCGCCCUCAGGCGAGGUAGCUCCGUUAGCUCUGUACCUGAACAAGAGCAGGAGCAGGAGCAGGAGCGGGAGCGGGAGCAUGACCGGAAACGGGAGCGGGAACAGGAGCAGGCACAGGAGCAGGAGCAUGAGCAUGAGUCUGAGCCGGUAACAGAUUUAAAGGCCGAACCAAGUUCAAGCUCGAGCACAAGCCCAAGCACAGACAAUGGAACCUGA